AAGGUUUAAAGCAAUGCUGGACAAGGUUGACGAAAGAUCGACUCGUCCAAAAGUCAAAUUUGAUCUUGCAAACGAAGAAGAGAGGAAAGCUGAUCUCCGUGAAGUACUGAAGGAAAUGAUCGCAAAGUAUGCAAUGCGAGCUCGUAGCCGAAGCCAUACUGUCAGAUCAGAAGAGUCCGGACAGAGGUGUGAUGAAGAGUACAAUAUCACAGUACCUUGUAUAGAUAUGACUGAUGACGGAGAAUUCAUGCAGUGUGCACUCGAUGAAGGGGAGAAAACAGAGACAACCUUUGCCAGAAUCUACAAAGAAAACAAUGACGACACCCAAGACCUUUACAGUAAACGGGAGUUGCGCAUUGCUAGUGGCUUAAGAAAAACUGACCUUGUGUCCUUGAAAGUUAAGGAAUAUACGGACAUGAUGGUGGAGGAAAUGGGAUACCUUCGUUUCAGAGUUGGAGCUGAUUUUGACAACAUGUCGGACGAAACAGUGGACGAACUAUUGGAGUGCCACUGCAGUUACACGGUCAUCAAAGAGGAAACCUACAGGAGAAUUAUAAAUAUCCCAGCCAAGUAGACCUCAUCAAUUUGUUGGAAAUCUUUAAUCUGGAAAGAUUGAAGGAUAGACGCCUACAAUGUACACCAUUACCUGAAUGCUCCUGUUGAUUUCCUCUUUUUACUCUAUCUAAGUGACAUUUUAAUUUGUGUAAAAGAUUGUAUCUAAACAAUAUGAAUAGUAAUUAUUGUUUAUCUAAACAAUAUUUUAAAAUGGUCUAUAUUAGACAUGCAUUAUUGAAUCAUUUAGGAUUACAUUUUUGUAUUUCAAACUCUUAUCAUUCUAUGAAUAAACUUU